AUAAUUUAGACUAGACAGAUCAAGGUGAAGUCAUAACAAGUAUCACGGGGUAAAAGCGAUUCAAGGUCAUAACACUAGUAUAGUCCAAUUUAAGACAGACAGAACUCGAUGAGUACAACUGGACGUUUUAUAUUUGGAAAUCGAACUAGCCACAUAAUAAAUAUUUUCAGUAAGGCGAAACAACUUCAUUUGUCCGUGGAAUAAAAGUAGUCAUCUUUGAUCACAAUAUAAACUUUUACCAAUACAAUUGUGUACUCUUAUUGUUAAACGAAUGAAAUAUGAGUAACUCAUCCCCAAUUUACUAAUAAAAUAUUUGCGCUUUUCGUUCAAAUGAAUAGGUUGUUUUCUACAAACCCAAUAGAUGCAAUGCAAAGAUGUUUUACACUUUUAGAAAAUAUUGGGCAAGGUGAUAUAUUGAGACCUGGAGAUAUUUAUUCUUUAAUAAUACGUGGAUUAGUAAUGGAAGAGAAAUAUAAAGCUGCAUUGACAUGUCUCAACGAAAUGAAAGAGCGAAUUGGAGAUAACAUUAUUUUCCGAUAUUUGGACCACGAAAUUUUGGAGAAAAUUUACAAGACGCUAAACUUAACCUCAAUUGAAUAUGAUAAGCACACUUCAGAUAAGAUCACGAUUGAAAACGACGCCUUAGACACGCCUACAUAUGAGGGUAAUGCAAUUGAUGGAAACGUAAGCGACGAAACAAAUGACUGUUAAACACUUAAUAUCCCCCAAAACAUUCAAUAACUUCAUUCCAUAUUUUAUAACAAAAUCAAACAAAUUUAGUUAUAUAUGUAUAAAACAUGAGAACCAGAAUUGUACACCUUAACACAAUAACCAGCUAUGUUACAAUGCUGCAGCUGCUUCCUUUUUCUGACGCUUCUUUUCAGCUUCCUCUUCUUUCUCCUUUUCGAUAGCCUGAACAUACUUUUGGAUAUCAGCAAGUUCGAGCAUCUAGAAGAUGAAAAAAGCAUGUAUCAUAACUUGAUAUGUAUAUGUUAACGCAAUGUACACUCAUCCAACCACAUAAUAAAAAACAACCUGCACAUUAUUGACGAAAGAACAAAUUGGUGUAGAUGUUUUGCAAUUUACAAGACUACUCAUUAUGAACACUUCAUUUAUUUAGUCAGCUGCCUGUAUAAAGCUGUCUAAAUACAUUAGGUUUAUUACAGAUAAGAUUGCAAAGAUAUUUAGUUGGAUUGAUAAUUAAUCCUUCAGAAUAAAAAUUAUAAAUUUCUGUUAACAAA